AUGGGUAAGAGCUUCACGAUCGCCUUGGCGGCCUUUGCAGCCACAGGAAGCUUUCUCUUCGGUUACGACUCCGGUGUGAUGACCGAUGUGAUUGCUUCCCCGAACUUUUUGGCAUUCUUCAACACCACACAAACCUCCUCUAUCAUUGGCGCCAUUAAUAGUACAUUUUCUGGUGGUGCCGCUAUCGGUGCCCUCACAGCUGGUUUGGCAAUUGACAGUCUCGGCCGCAGACGUACUAUCCAGGUUGGAGCCCUGAUCUCUGUGAUCGGUGCGAUUCUACAAUGUGCGGCAAGAAAUCUGGCCAUGAUCCUCGUGGGUCGCAUUGUAGCUGGAUGGGCCGUUGGUAUUCUGAGUAUGUCCGUGCCCGUUUAUCAGGCAGAAUGCGCGCAUCCUAAGAGUCGUGGUUUAAUUGUCGGUCUUGCUCAACAGAUGAUUGGAGUUGGCUUCAUCGUUAGCACGUGGAUCGGCUAUGGCUCCUUACAUGCUCCAGAUACUAGCCAGGUUCAAUGGAGAUUUCCUCUUGCCUUCCAAGCUCUGCCAGCGUUGAUGCUGUGUUUGGGCAUGUUCUGGCUUCCUGAAUCGCCCCGUCACCUGAUUGAAAAACAAAAAGACGACGAAGCUCUUAGAGUGUUGAGCCGCCUUCACUACGAUGGCACGAAUGAUGAGUGGAUCCAGAGGGAAUUUACUGAAAUCAAGGCCACGAUUGACGCAGAAAGGGAAUUUACGAAUUCUGGUUGGAUGGUUAUGUUCCGAGUACCGCAGUGGCGGAAACGUCUCCUACUAGGAACUGCCGUGCAGGUAUUUACUCAAAUGACUGGUAUCAACGUUAUCAACUAUUAUCAAAAUAUCAUGUACAAAGCGCUAGGUAUCACGGGAAACAGUGCAACCCUUGUCUCCGGAAUCUACAAUGUCGUCGGCCCCCUAGCGAACCUCAUUUUCAUUGUCUUCUUCCUAGAUCGUGUGGGACGACGAUGGCCGCUAAUCUUCGGCGCUGCCGCAAUUACGGUUGCCCUGAUCUGUGAAGCGGCCCUUAACUCGCAGAACCUGGACGGCAGCAAACACGGCUACAGCAUUGGCGGCGUUUUCUUCCUGUUUUGCGUCACCGCAAUCUUCUCCAUGUCUUUCGGUCCGGUCAGCUGGGUGUACAUGUCGGAAGUCAUGCCGAUGCAAAUCCGUGGCAAGGGAAAUGCCUUUGCAACGGGCAUCGGAAACUGGUGUGUGAGCACUCUUUGGAGUCAAGUGUCUCCCAUUGCUUUGGCGAAGCUGGGCUGGAAAUUCUAUUUUAUCUUUGCAGCCUUCAAUGUUUGUGUUACUAUCCCCACUGUUUACUUCUUCUUUCAAGAGACCAAGCAAAAGUCGCUCGAGGAAAUCGACUUGCUCUUUGGCGGCAGAGCCUUGGGAACGCUAAGCAAUGACCUCAACGAGAAGGGAAUAGCAAUGGAGGAGUCCCAGGCCAAUGUGACUCAGGUUGAGAAUUCCAAGAAUGCCUGA